GUCUCCGUCACGCCACGGUUGACGCACUGUGUGUGGUUUUGCUGUCAAUCCUGUGAGCGAUCAAAGCGAGAUUUAACCAAAGUUUACUCGGAUACUUUGUCAGCGGUUGUUAGCUCCCACUCUCAGACAGAAUGUCAACUCGAACAGCAUAAAUAACAACGGAAGUGUGUUAUUAUCUAUAUGUCAGUAAGUUUUGUACAUCUAAAAGGGCACGCGCAUUAGCUUUAGCUAGCUAGCAGCUGGUAAGAAAACAAAUCGGAUAUUACGGACUGAAGCGAUGUGAUGGUCAAGCAGAAAAAAUACAACUCAAACAUAUUCUCUGGUCAUGCGACCGCUACGUGUAAACGAACGCUGCUUGGAAAUAGUUGAUAUCUACAGAGAAGAAUUUGGACACUUAUCCUUCGUCCUGGGAACCUUAAACAAGACCAAACACAGCAGGAACAGCAGCAGGGAAGCCGUAAUAGCUGCAUGAUGGAGUGAUGCAAACUUGAGCUGGCAGGUGACGAAGUGCCAUGGAGGGAGUCGAGCGAGAAGCUUCUAUGGGGAAGAGUGGCACUCUGGCAGAGCUGACUGUCGUGCAGAGUGUUGUGGCUUUGGAUGAGAUUACCGAAGAUGAAAGGUCAUCACAGCCUGACCUCAACUUUCCUCACAUUACUGAGGACACAACGUGGUUAAUGGUUCAGGAGGGAGAAUCAAACCCCUCUGAGCUGCAAAGUCUUGGCUCUGCCUCGGGUGAGGAAGGGGAAAGUAAAGAGGCCAUGGACAAUCCAUGUGUUCAGAAUGGGGAGGAAGCUGAAAAGGAUAAACCACAGAACAACAGCAGUACUACAAUAACAACCAGCACAUGUCCAGAGCCACUUCAGAGCUCCACUCUCUCGUUGUCUGAUCAUUUAAAGUUGGGUCGAGAUGAGUCUGAAGGUACGGGACUAAACAUGGAGUGCAAGAUAUGUGGGGACAAAGCUUCGGGGUUCCACUACGGUGUGCAUGCCUGUGAGGGCUGCAAGGGUUUUUUCAGACGCACUAUUCGUAUGAAGCUAGAGUAUGAGCGCUGCGAACGGGCCUGUCGAAUACAAAAGAAGAAUCGCAAUAAAUGCCAGUACUGCCGCUUCCAGAAGUGUCUGUCUCUCGGCAUGUCCCAUGAUGCUAUUCGUUAUGGCCGCAUGCCAGAGGCAGAGAAGAAGAAGCUGGUGGCAGGACUGCUAGCAGGAGAGAAGAGUCUGCUAAACCCUGGAGGCUCUGAUCUCAAAACUUUGGCAAAGCAUGUCAACUCAGCCUACCAGAAAAACCUCAAUAUGACCAAGAAGAAGGCACGAAGCAUCCUCACUGGAAAAACCAACUGUACCCCGCCAUUUGUGAUUCAUGAUAUGGACUCAUUGUGGCAAGCAGAGAAUGGUUUAGUCUGGAACCAGCUGAAUGGUGCUCCCCCAAACAAAGAAAUUGGAGUGCAUGUCUUCUACCGCUGCCAGUGCACUACAGUGGAAACUGUUCGAGAGCUCACAGAGUUUGCCAAAAAUAUCCCUGGCUUUGUAGAGCUCUUUCUUAAUGAUCAGGUAACUUUGUUAAAGUAUGGUGUCCAUGAGGCCAUUUUUGCAAUGCUACCAUCACUCAUGAAUAAAGAUGGACUCUUGGUAGCAAAUGGGAAGGGCUUUGUGACCAGAGAGUUUCUGCGGAGCCUGCGCAAACCCUUCAGUGAAAUUAUGGAACCCAAGUUUGAAUUUGCUGUGAAGUUCAAUGCCCUAGAGCUGGACGAUAGUGACCUGGCUCUUUUUGUUGCGGCCAUCAUACUGUGUGGAGACCGACCCGGCCUCAUAAAUGUGAAGCAGGUCGAGCAGAUUCAAGACAGCAUCCUUCAAGCUCUGGACCAGCACCUCCAGGCUCACCAUCCAGAAUCAGUCCACCUCUUCCCCAAACUGCUGCAGAAGAUGGCUGACCUGAGACAGUUGGUCACAGAAAAUGCUCAGCUGGUCCAGAUGAUUAAGAAGACUGAAUCUGAGACCUCGCUCCAUCCACUUCUCCAAGAAAUCUAUAAAGACAUGUAUUAAGUCUUGUGACUUAGGACUUCCAAACUGAAUUAUGAGACAUUAUGCACACAGGCAUCCACGGUGCUGCAGAAACCAUAGAAUUUUUAUAUUGGCAUAUAUGGAUUUUACAAAUAAUGUGUUUGAAAACUGACUUUUUUUUUCUUCAGGGCAGGGCUUUUUUCCCCAAGAAAGAAAUCUUGAUUUUUUUGAAGGUCAACCUGUUUCCAGUUGGUGAAGAGCACAUUUACAUCACCCAGAUUAUUACAGUAUUUUGAUGAGAUGUGUGUUAUAUAGACAUCCUUUUUUCCUUUAGUUUCUAAUGAAUUACUCUUUAAAUAAAAAUAAUUGGAGCAGUAAUAACUAUAUCAUUUUAACGUAUUUCAAUGCUGCUGCACAGACCUACAUCCAGAUUUCACGGUGACUUUUUACGCUCUUUCUAAUUAUCUUUAUUAAUUAUUGAGUAACAUUUAUCGAUAAAGGUCAGUCCCAUACUGUAGCAUCAGAAAGAUGGGGAGAACUCUUUUGUUUGGUUGAUUACUCAGGUUUUGAGUAACUGCCUGUCAGUCUUUUUUUUUCCCCUACAGUUACUUGAUUUACAUUUGCUAAAUUAAUUAAAUAGCCAUGUGAAAUUCACCACAAGCUUGAAAUUUCCAGUCGAUCUAAUAUGAUCUCGUAUGCAUAUGGACUAUAAAUAUUUUGCUGAGUUAAUUCAUUUCUCCUGUACCAUGUACUGUUUCACAUGUUUGUCAGAUAUUGAUUUAGGUAUACUUUAUGUAACUUUCAUGAUACAGUUGAUUUUGUAAAGGAAUAGUGUGUACUUUGAAACUAAAUAUUGAUUUUUUACCCCUCAUAAGUAGAGCAAUGCUGCAGUUUCAGAUUGAUUAUAUAGAAAGACCCAUCACACCCAGUCAUUUGUAAAAGAGCAGCAUAUCACUAAUCCAAAAAUCAAUAGUUUAUAAGGACAAAUACAGGAGAAUGGACAAACACAAAGAAGACAAUACUGAAUUAUAAUUUUGUUUUUAAUUGAGAGCUCACAAUGUCAAAGUCAUAUUUUUGUGUAUUCUUUUAUUUACUCACCCUAACAUACACAUAUAUGAUUUAGUCUUUUAACAAACCCUAAUCAUGUCACGUGUCUUAUGUAUUGGCCCAUACAUAGUAUCACCUAAAAUUAUUUAGAGAUUUUAGAUAUUAACCCUAUUGAUGUGAAACUGGUUGUAAAUUACAGCAUUCCUUCUUUUUUUUUUCCCCCUUAGAUUUUAUCUAUGUCCCAUUUGUAGGCAUUUGAGUUUUUACUGUGUGAUAAAGUUAUUACACUUGCUGCUGUAAAACCUGAAGAGCACAAUAUAAAUGAACUGU